AAACGACAAUACAUUAGACCUGCGUGUGCUUCAUCUGUUGCACUCAAAGGAGGUAACGUCUUCUUUUGUCCCAAGACAUGCUGAAGAUAAUUUUGUCUGACAGGCAAUGGAUGUUUCUCUACUUUAUGGUUUCAGGUACUUGCUGCCUUGUCACAGUCCACCAGCCUCCUGUGCUUACCACUGCUCUGGGUGAUGAUGUCAUGAUGCCGUGCCAGCUCAACAUAUCCCACAGUGAGAAAAUGGUGACCUUACCGGUUCUGUAUUGGGUGUACGUAACACAGGGCCCUGUGAGAACCAAAGUGUGGUUCCCCUCUGGGAGAUAUGAGGGACGUGUAGACCUUCUGGACAACAAUGCAAACUCUUCAAACAAGUCCAUACACCUCAAGAAUGUCCAUUGGGCCGACAGCGGGAAAUACCUCUGCAAACUCUCCAUGACCACACAGAGGGCUAAAAGUUUCAGGAAGAUAGGAGAUGGAACUUUCCUGUUGGUUCAUGACACAAUGAUGUUUAACCUCACCAGUCACAAUGACUCUCUGCUCUGGUGUGAAGUAAACGUGACCCAGGAUCCUCGAUUAGUUUUGUCCAUUUUUCAUGAUGGACACAAACUCCAAACUGUUGAAUCUGCUCUAGGAGAGAAUGUCACAGCUCUGCCCUACGUCACGCUCUCUGAGGCUGUUUCUCUGAGGAGCGCUGGAAAAUAUGAGUGUCAGCUGCACCUGAACAAAGAUCUGAUAACAAAAAGCAUCUUCCACUACCAUCCAUCUGAAGAAGAUGGAUAUGCUAAAAAUGUUUCUGUAACAUGUCCCACAACUACCUCUGGUGUGGAGAUGUUUCCAGAACCAUGGGCCAUGUAUAUAGGUCUCCUCCUAGUGCCCAUCACCAUCCUGCUGGGCCUCGUAAUUACCCUGCCUAUGUGCAGAAGCUGAGUUUGUCAACAUCUGGCUGGAACGGAGAUACUUGGCAAUGAAAAUCCAGGCUGUCAUCAGAGAAAAGAGACAUGUCUCUCCGAUGCAUUUUCAGGAUCAAAGGGACCAGCCGCAGUCAAUUCAAGUUAAACCACUGUCAAAUAUUUACCUGCAUCUGAAUUCAGAGGCGGCAGCCUUCAAAGUCCUAAGGCAUUGUAAUGGUUCCACAAGGCUGUCCCAUGUUAGAAAUGUUGCUCUCUUUCCCUCACAUUUAUAGGACACAUUCAGCUCUCAGAAUCCCAAAAUCCAUUUUGAACCGGUCAGUUGUUUCAUGAUGCAUCCUGGCAGUCAUUGUUAACUCCCCGUGCAAGUUGCCCUGCUUUGACCCCAGGCUUCGACACCAGUUGAUACAACUAGUGUGGCAGUAUCAUUGGCUCACAGAACAUCUGAUGUGGGGUGCACAUUUAAACACAGGCUGCAACAAAGCCGUCCCAACAAUUUAUUGAUAGCACUGAUGGAUGGAUGGUGGAUGAUUUUCUUGUGUUCUGCAUUAUUAAUCCAUCCACAAUCUUGGCAGUUCUGUAAGCUUCUGGAUUUCCUAAACAAAGAAAUAUCUGUUCUUUCUUUGUGUCUAACUAGGAGUCUAUGGUGGGUGGAUGAAGAUAAAGCAAGGCACGGUGGCUUGUGAUUAAAAUGUGCCUCCCACAUCAGAGCCAAUGCUACUUUCAACUGUCAAUAACGUUUAAAGUUGGGAAAUAUCACGGGACUACGUCAUAUUUACCAGGUGCUUUCCUUUGAAUGAUUCAUCAGUCACUGGUGUAUAUAUCACAUGAAGUGUGGACUGUUUUCCAGAAACACUACUGGGGCAUAUAAUGUAAAUCAUGUAAACUGUGUCAGCCCCUGAAAUGAAUUGGGAUGCAGCAAGUGAUGAUAUGACAGCAUCAAAUACAUCAUGAUGUUUUUGGCAUUGAAACAUGCACGUCAAACAUUUUGGCAAAACGUGUUAAAGGCAUUAAAAUAAUCUCAUUGAUGACUCUGAUUUUAAAGUGGAGGGUCCCUGUGACUAAAGCACACCACAAAACAAUGUAUGUCUCUGUAAUAUACUGUUUAUUAAGACAUCAUUGCAAAUCACUUCUUAUUCCAAAUACUUAGAGGGAUGAUCUGCAUCUAUUGUUUCCUUUGCCUAACCACAACUUCUGCAAUAAUUUGUCUACCAAUUUAAAAUGCAUAUCAAAAAGAACAAAGUUAUUUCUCUAAUUUAUGCAUUCUUACUGCUCUCUGGUUGAAUGUACAGACUCAUGUUGAUACUAGUCAUACGUUUUGUUUUAGAAUGUUGUUUUUUUAUGUCUUCAGCAGAAAUCUGUAACCUCAGUUUCUCCUUCCUCAGAAAUCUGUUCUUCUGGUUCUCUUUCCCGUUUUCACCAUUAGUUCCUCCACAACCCUUUCUAUUUCUAACGAUGACUGAAGCUAGUUGCACAAAAGAGGCAAGCAUUUUUUUUUCUUUUACAUAUUAAACAUUUGUGAAUCAUUUAUGUGAUAACUAGAGAUAUACCCACAUGGCAUUGGCUUAACAUAAAGCAUAAACCUAAACAACAAUUAAUCAAAUGAGCAAAUCUCAAAAGCAAAAUCUGUAGCUAAAAUAGACUCAACUGACCUCUUAAGUCAAAUGCAUAGUCUAUCAGUGCAUCAAACAUGAUUUUUGUAUAAGAAUCACUGAAGAUAAGUUUACAUUUGUGAAUGAGUGAACAAGUUUAUCUUACUGGAUGGCACCUGAUACAGAGAUUGCACUAUUUUGGGUUUUCUCUGUUAUGUACAGAAUGGUUAUCACAAAGAAAGUAAUUUUAAGACUGGAAGUCAGAUACUGUAGCUCAGUUUAAGACUGAGCUCACUAGUAUCUUACAUUAGUCUUAAUAAAUUCUGGCAGCCAUUUCUGGAUUAUCUUGCUCGAUAUGACACUGCAUCUGAUCAGCAAUAUACUCUGUUUUGUGCCGUCCACCUCUGUUUUGGAGAAUUUGUGCCAACAUGCGAUGUGUGAGAGAUACAGCAGUGUAAUCAAUUAUUUUCUUGUUUGUUUGUUUAUUGUCCCUUUUACUCUUUAUUUUGUUUUCUGUCUCUGUUUUCAUCCUCACUUGUUCUGUUGCAGUUAAUCCAUAUAUUUAAAAAGAUGAAAAGGGAUGCUGGUGGAAUUAAGGACAGGAAGGUCACCCACACACACGCAGGAAUGGUGCAUUUGUCAGGGAGGGGACAGGGAUGCAAUCUGCAAAGUAAUCCUCACUACUGGCAUAAUGAAAUGGCCAAAUCGAGAGAUCAGCACACACACGCUCAGUGGACUGAUUCAUAGAGCAAGUCUGUGAAACUGUGGUCAUGUUACAUGUGGUUGUAUGAGGGUGUGUAAAUGAUCCUUCCUGGCUGUUUAUGUGGUUUAACGACUGAGAAAGAAUGCAGAAGAAGAGUGGGUUUGAAACCUGACAGUUUAAAAUGAUGAGGAAAGUAAAUGAGAAACCUUCCAUGUGUCACGUCUGACACAUGGAAGGUUGUCUUGUCUGUUUGCUAGAUGUCAAUUUAUGUUCUCUGCCAGUUUUGGUCAUUCUGCUUUAGUCUCUGUGUAGCCUUUAUGAUUAUUCAUCUGCAUCUUUAAGUUACUUAGUAUCUGUCUUGUCUCGUAUCUCAGUUCCUAGUUUGGUGUCUUAGUUCUUAGUCCUGUACUUUAGUGUUCACUCCUGGUCUGUGUACUUCUGCGUUUUGCCCAUGUCUAAUCUGAGUUCUGUUUUAUCUUUGCUUCAGUCUGUCUUCCUUGUUGUUAGUGUAUUUGGGAUCUGUCUGCUUGUGUCUGGAUUAGUUUGUGGUUUUUUAUUAUUCUGAUCUGUUACUACUUACUUUGAUAUGGUCCAUGUUUAGUGUUCAGCAACUUGUGUUAUGUCUGUUCCCCCUCCAGUAAUCUGCCUGCCAGCCAGUCUCUCUGUUUUCCCCUUCUGUCUCUCUGCCUGCCUUGUUAGUCCUGAUACCUGUCACCUGUGUUGCUCCCGCCCUGCUCGUUAGCCCCUGUGUAUAUAUAUUUGGUGUUUCUCUUCAGUCCCUGUCCUGUCGUUGUUGUGUGUCGUUUGAAUGGUGUUCUGCUUGCUUUGGAGUUACGUGUACAGUUGUGUUGGAGCUUGUCAGCCACCAUUAUUUGUUUUUCCAUGUUUUGGAUUAAACCCUGGGACAGAAUCUCUGCUCUUGUGCCGCGACUUCCAACCUCAAAGGGUUCCAGGUGCAUGGUGGUGCAUGAAGCCGAAAGUGAAACCAUGGCUGACCGUGACAAAGUGUACACACAGUUGCACCCUCAGCAGUGUUUUAGGUGUUAAUUAAGUCAGUUUAACUGCAACAACUGACAGAAAUGGCCUACUUUACUAGUUCUGUGUACCCCUACAUCAGUUGGUAACCCUCAAGUCAGUCAAUGUUGUAGGUUAUACUUCCUAAUGUUUUGGCUUUUUAACAAUAACUUUUAUGCAGAGAAGGCGACUUUAUGAGAUUCUUUACUGUAGCCAGC